AAUAAUUUAAUGUCAAUUUUCAUCUUUAUUCCAAAUAUUUCAACAUUUACUUCACUCGCACGAAUUUGACGCCCUUUAAUUACAGGGCGACUUGAAAUACCCACGGCAUUUCUCGCGAGCUUGGAGCAGCAGGCGGCUCGCGCUGCUCUGCUCUACUCUGCUCUGUGUGUUACCGGUUACGACACCUCAGUGUAAACAGCCAUGGCUGCCCUGCGCAGGCUCAUCCCUUCACUCACUAACAGCUCCAGAACAGGGACACGGGGACAACAAACGUCUCCUCCAGCGGCCAAAGCGCUGAAAGUCGUUGCAGCUGGAGCGUGUGUCACCGCCGCGGCCGGUGCUGUUUAUUACUGCUGCUCGUUUGUCGGUAGGCGCUCCGGACUGAAGAGCCAUGUCGAGGCUCGGCUCUUGCAUCUGGCGUUGCCGUCAGUUUCUGCCACCGAUAAGGCCAGGACCUAUGGUCUGGAUGAUGGAGAUGUGUACAUGUCAUCCUAUGAAAACAGGUUUCGCCUGUUUGGUUCAGUGGAGUACGAGGGCCAGCUCUACAUGACUCCACUCAACUUCAUCGAAUCCGUCACUCUGAAUGAACCAAAGAGUAAAAGAGCAUGGAGGUCACUUACAAAAAAGGAAUUAGAGAAGAUGAUGGCUGAUACCCCGCCUGUUUGGAAAGGAUCAUCUAAUUUGUUCAGGAAUCUUCGUGAACGAGGUGUCAUUAGUUACACAGAGUACCUCUUCCUGCUCUGCAUUUUAACAAAGCCCCAAGCAGGCUUCAGGAUUGCUUUCAACAUGUUUGAUGCAGAUGGGAAUGAAAUGGUGGACAAAAGGGAGUUCUUGGUGCUGGAAGAAAUUUUCCGCAAGAAAAAAGAUCGAAAAGAAGUUACUGAAGACGAAAGACUGGACCAUCAGAUCCUGCAGCUUUACGGUCAUCGCAAAUCCCAGCCACACAAUGUUCUUAAAAAAGACAGUCAGCAUGUGGAGGCCCGCGGCAUGUGGGAUGUUCUCAGACGUGGCACGAGUCAAGUUCUGUUUUCUGAUCUCACUGAGCAUGUGGAUGAAAAAACAGAGACGACGCUGCUGGUGCAUUUCUUUGGGAAAAAAGGCAAAGCUGAACUGAAGUUUGAAGAUUUUUACAAGUUCAUGGACAACCUGCAGACAGAGGUGCUUGAGAUAGAGUUCCUCUCCUACUCCAAAGGCAUGCCCACCAUCAGCGAGGAAGACUUCGCUCGGAUUCUCCUUCGCUACACCAACGUGGACGACGUCAGCGGAUACUUGGAGAACGUGCGGUACAGCAUGCCAGAUGAAAAGGGGAUCACCUUUGAGGAGUUCAGGUCCUUCUUCCAGUUCUUAAACAACCUGGAGGAUUUUACCAUCGCCAUGCAGAUGUACAACUUUGCCAACCGCUCCAUUGGUCAAGAGGAGUUCACCCGAGCUGUCUACGUGGCUACGGGCAUCAAUCUGACCCACCAUUUGGUCAACACCGUCUUCAGGAUCUUUGACGAGGAUCACGACGGGAAACUCAGCCACAAGGAGUUCAUUGGCAUCAUGAAGGACCGGCUGCACCGCGGCGACAGGGGUGUCCGAGUGGAGGAGAAGUUCAUCUCUUUCAAGUCCUGCAUGAAGAAGGAGCUCUCGAGCAAAUAGGUGAAGAUCCCAACAUCAGUGCAUGUGCUACAAACUGGAUGAGCUUUGCCUCUGCUGUGCUCUCUACCAGAGCUCCCGGGUUAGUGCAUGCUGCAGCAUCUUAUUACACUCUCUUAGAAGUUUUAAAAUAAACAGGAUGUGGCACAAACAGGAUGUGGUCAGCCUAAUGCGAAGCUCUUGCAAGUGGUCAAACAAACACAAGUGACCCAUUAUGAACCCACAAGAAAAUCCACUUAACUCAGUGUUGCAGGACUCUAAAUUGCACUAAUUAGUGUGUUUAACCACUUUUACCUGUUGAGAACUAUUUAUUGAUUUAUCUACUUGUAAAUAUAUUUAUCAAAUUAAUUGUUAACUCUGAUUUUAUAUAUUUAUCUAAAACUCCAACUUUGUCUUAUUACUGCUCUGCCAGUGUGUAUUGUUCAGCUCGAUCCUCCGUAUAUCCUGAGUUUGUUCUGUACGACAGCAGCAUUACUCACAUACUUUGUCCUUUUGCCGGCUCUGCAGCCCCCUGCACAGAUCAGCUUAGGACAGCAGCACCUCCCCCUUCCCCUUAUCCUCCUUCUCCUCCGCCUCUCUCCCAAAGCGCUGCAGCUAAAAUCCUCCAGGAUCCCCCAGAGCCACAGGCCUGAACACACACACCCUCAGUCUGUGGCUUUUCACUGUUUAACUACAGGCAGCUAACACUGUUAAUCAUUUCCUGGCUAGUAAACACAAGUGCUAUUUUCAUGCCACUGGCAGGGAUGACCUCUUUAUAAAUAUGCAAAAUAUUAAAGCCAUAUGUUUGUUCCACUCUUGGGACACUCUCGCUUAAAUUUGUGUAGGUUUUAAUUGAGAAGUAGAUUAAAACGUCCUUCCCUUUAGGCUCUGUAAGGAAGAGUUUAACUUGUACUGCUACUACCUGAUGACUGUUGUUUCCUGUUACAAUGUUUGCUCUGGGUGGAGUUAUGUACUGAAAAAGACUGAAGAUAUCAACACGUUACACGCUCUAAUAUUAACCAGACUAAUGUAUUUGUAUUUGAGACUACUUUCUGUUUAAAUUUUGAAUGUUUGGAUUAGAUAGUCUACCUCCUGAAGAGUUUUGAAAACUUCUUUUAAAUCAGGCCUCGACUGCUACACUGAUGUUACAGCGCAGAUGCAUUUAUAAUCACAUGGUGAAAUAAAUAUGAGAUAAAACAUG